CUCGUGUCUGAGGCUGCUCUUUCCUCUGCGGCUCGCGGUCCCAGCGCAGGCAUCCUGCCGGGACUCCCCGGGCUCCACCAGACACCAGGUCCGCCCACGGCAGGAUGCGCUGGGCCUCCCUGCCGAAGACCGCUGUCAUGCUGUGGCUGCUGCUGUCCAGCACCUCCCCGUCCCCCGCGUGGGGGCAGGCCGAGAUUCCUCUGGAAAUGGUGAAGCUGUGGGCGGACACCUUCGGUGGGGACCUGUAUAAGACUGUGACCAAAUACUCAGGCUCGCUCCUGCUGCAGAAGAAAUACAAGGAUGUGGAGCCCAGUCUGAAGAUCAAGGAGGUGGAUGGCCUGGAGCUGGUGAGGAAGUUCUCAGAGGCCAUGGAGACCAUGCUGCGCAGGAAAGUGGAGGCUGUCAAGAAUCUGGUAGAGGCUGCCGAGGAGGCUGACCUGAACCACGAAUUCAACGAAUCUCUGGUGUUUGACUAUUACAACUCCGUCCUCAUCAAUGAGAGGGACGAGAAUGGCAACUACGUGGAGCUGGGGGCUGAGUUUGUCCUCGAGUCCAACGCGCACUUCAGCAACCUGCUGGUGAACACCUCCAUCAGCAGCGUGCAGCUGCCCACCAACGUGUACAACAAAGACCCAGAUAUUUUAAAUGGAGUCUACAUGUCUGAAGCCUUGAACCCUGUUUUUGUGGAGAACUUUCAGAGAGACCCGACAUUGACCUGGCAAUAUUUUGGCAGCUCAACUGGAUUCUUCAGGAUCUAUCCAGGCAUCAAGUGGACGCCUGAUGAGAACGGGGUCAUUGCCUUCGACUGCCGGAACCGCGGCUGGUACAUACAAGCCGCUACUUCUCCCAAGGACAUAGUGAUUGUGGUGGACACGAGCGGUAGCAUGAAGGGGCUGCGCAUGACCAUUGCCAAGCACACCAUCACCACCAUUUUGGACACGCUGGGAGAGAAUGACUUUGUUAAUAUCAUCGCAUACAGUGACCACAUCCACUACAUCGAGCCUUGCUUUAGAGGGAUCCUUGUCCAGGCAGAUCGUGACAACCGCGAGCAUUUCAAACAGCUGGUGGAUGAGCUGAUGGUCAAAGGUGUGGGGGUCGUGAACCAAGCCCUGACUGAAGCCUUCCAGAUCCUGAAUCAGUUCCAAGAGGCCAGGCAAGGAAGCCUCUGCAACCAGGCCAUCAUGCUGAUCUCCGACGGGGCCGUGGAGGACUACGAGCCUGUGUUUGAGAAGUAUAACUGGCCCGACCGCAAGGUCCGAGUUUUCACUUACCUCAUCGGGAGAGAAGUGACUUUCGCUGACCGCAUGAGGUGGAUCGCGUGCAAUAACAAAGGCUACUACACACAGGUCUCCACGCUGGCAGACGCCCAGGAGAACGUGAUGGAGUACCUGCACGUCCUCAGCCGCCCCAUGGUCAUCAACCACGACCAUGACAUCACCUGGACGGAAGCCUACAUGGACAGCAAGCUUCUCACCUCGCAGGCACAGAACGUGAUGCUCCUCACCACCGUGGCCAUGCCAGUCUUCAGCAAGAAGAACGAAACGCGAUCCCAUGGCAUUCUCCUGGGUGUGGUGGGCUCUGAUGUGGCCCUGAGAGAGCUGAUGAAGCUGGCGCCACGGUACAAGCUCGGAGUGCAUGGAUAUGCCUUUUUGAAUACUAACAAUGGCUACAUCCUCUCACAUCCUGACCUCCGACCCCUGUACAGAGAGGGAAAGAAACUGAAGCCCAAGCCUAACUACAACAGCGUGGAUCUCUCUGAAGUGGAGUGGGAGGACCGAGCGGAAACCCUGAGAGCAGCCAUGAUCAAUGGGGAAACAGGCUCUCUCUCUUUGGACGUGAAGGUUCCGCUGGACAAAGGGAGGAGAGCCCUUUUCCUGGCCAAUGACUACUUCUUCACGGACAUCAGCGACACUCCUUUCAGUCUGGGCGUGGUGCUCUCCCGGGGCCACGGAGAACACAUCCUUCUGGGGAACACGUCUGUGGAAGAAGGCCUGCACGACUUGCUUCACCCAGAUCUGACCCUGGCCAGUGACUGGAUCUACUGCACCACGGAUAUCGACCCCGACCACCGGAAGCUCAGCCAGCUAGAGGCCGUGGUCCGCUUCCUGACGGGGGAGGACCCAGACCUGGAGUGUGAUGAGGAGCUGGUGCAGGAGGCAUUGUUUGACGCGGUGGUGACGGCACCCAUGGAAGCCUACUGGACUGCGCUGGCUCUCAACAUCUCUGAUGAAUCGGAGCACGGCGUGGACGUGGCCUUCCUGGGCACCCGGGCCGGCCUCCUCAGAAGCAGCUUGUUCGUGGGCUCCGAGAAGGUCUCCGACAAGAAGUUCCUGACUCCUGAAGACGAGACCAGCGUGUUCACCAUGGACCGCUUCCCUCUGUGGUACCGCCAGGCUGCUGAGCAGCCUCCUGGCAGCUUUGUCUUCAACCUCCGCUCUGCAGAGGGACCAGAAAGUCCAGGCGAGCCGGUGGCAGUAACUGCGAGCACAGCUGUAGCCGUGACAGUGGACGAGAAGACAGCCAUCGCUGCAGCGGUGGGCGUCCAAAUGAGGCUGGAGUUCCUGCAGCGCACGUUCUGGGCAGCGACACAGCAGUGUAGCCCUGUGGAUGGGCCUUGCCCAAAGAGCUGCCAGGACAAUGACCUGGACUGCUUUGUCAUCGACAACAACGGGUUCAUUCUGAUCUCAGAGAUGUCCCAGGAGGUGGGAAGAUUUCUGGGGGAGGUGGAUGGUGCCCUUAUGACCCAGCUGCUCAGCAUGGGGGUGUUCAGCCAAGUGACCAUGUAUGACUACCAGGCCAUGUGCAAGCUCCAGAAUCACCAUCCCAGCGCCGCCCGGCCCCUGGUCAGUCCCGUCUCCGCCCUCCUGACUGCUACCAGGUGGCUGGUGAAUGAGCUCCUGCUGUUCCUGCUGGAGUGGAGCGCCUGGGGUUCCUGGCAUGUGGACAGGGGUGCUGAGGCCAAAGCUGUCUUCCAUCACUCCCACAAGCACAAGAAACAGGACACGCUGCAGCCCUGUGACACGGAGUACCCCGUGUUUGUGCACCAGAUGGCCAUCCGGGAGACCAACGGGGUCAUCGAGUGUGGGGCCUGCCAGAAGAUCUUUGUGAUGCAACAGAUUCCCAAUAGCAACCUUCUCCUCCUGGUGACAGACACCACCUGUGACUGUAGCAUCUUCCCGCUCAUCCUGCAGGAGGCUACCGAAGUCAAAUAUAACGCCUCUGUCAAGUGUGACAGGAUGCGUUCCCAGAAGCUCCGCCGGCGACCAGGUUCCUGCCACGCCUUCCAUCCAGAGGAGAAUGCCCAGGACUGUGGCGGCACUUCAGACACCUCAGCUUCAUUCACCCUGCUCCUGCUGCCUCUGUGUGCCUGGGUGCUACCACCCCAGCUGCUGUGGUGACACCCAGCCAGUCUGACUCCUGUUUUGACAAGGUGAUCCAUCCAGAGACAUUCUAAAGAGUCAGCAACUGAUGUGGGAUUCAGCUCACUACAGUUGGGUUACAUGUGGGUCAAUGCUCAUCUCUUUCUUGGGCUAAUGGUCACUGCCUCCUGAGAUUGCUGGAUGAAACCAGAAACCACUUCCCCAAGACCUUCCAGGGUUCCUGGUACCAUCCACCCCAAGUAUCAAUGGGCAUCCUCCCAUCCUUCCUACCUCCUCUUCGGGAGUCCAGCAUGAGCUCAACUUGGACCAAGACAAAAGAAUUUAGUUGCAUCUAUUCGCCAGAAGUCCAGACCCAGCCAAAGAAAGGGUCAGCUGUUUCUAAGGAACCUGUUCAUUCAGUUGAAUCCGAGGACUUAAAGGUACUAAGAGGGAGCAGUAGAAUGAGGCCAAGGGCAGAAGUGAGAUGAAGGCAAGAACAUGUGCCCCCCUGAAACAGAGCUUCCUCAAAGUGAGAUGCAUGGUGGAGGCAGCUCAGUUUCCUAGCUGCUGCUCAGAGAUCUAACUGUGUGUGUGAGAGAGAGAGUGAGGAGAAAAAGGCAAGAAAGUGAAUAGUAAUGGGAAAGACCCAGAAUAGGAAAAGGUAUUAAAUCCUUUUACAUCAACAUGGCUGUAUGUGAUGUCUGCAAACUGUUGCUAUUAAAAACCUUCUAAAAACGUCUUUGCAAAGCCCUAAGUUAAAGGAACUUUUGCAUGUCUCUAAGAAAAAGCCAAGAGAGUGAAACAUCCAGCCGCUGCACUGGAAGAUGAUGCAAGUCCAGGGGCGGUGGCAGGAAUAGCUGCAGCCAAGCAGAGAGGUCCCUGGGAAGGGUGGUCCUUCACAGUGGUAUGGUGACGGGUCUCCUGAGGGCUGGUUCCAGAUGCCCAGGGAGGUCUAGGUCGCAUGGUGGUCCUUUUCUGGCCACUAAUCUACAAAACGAGCACCUGAUUUUGUCCCUGGGGUUGGAACGUUUGAGAACAUUCCAAUUUCCAAAGCAGAGUCCACCAGAAAGAGAGCUAUAUCUGGGAACUCACUAUCCACAUUCACACCUCCCCCAGGGUCUCGAGGCCCGGGGACUGCCUCCUCCCUCCCCCUCAGACCUGGCUCCUAAGAGACGGCCAUCUCCACUGUGAAGGCAGAACUGUGUACACAUUCUGGGGACCCCAGAUCUUUAAGCUUAACCACUGAGGAGGUCCAGCCAAGCCCCAUGAUAAGCGUGGAUGGCGUGCAGGGCCUCGGGGACCCGUCUAGCCCUUCACACCUCACAGUACAAGUUUCCCACCAGCAAUGGCCCGACUUCUCUCUAGAGUAGGCCAGCUCUGUAAAACACACUCAUUGUGAUAUCUGUAAAGCGCCUGACAGCAUCGAUUAUACGAUGCUACUUUCAUUACCAUUUAAGUCUCACAACAACCCUGUGAGGGAAGCAGUAACAGACUGUUUCCAGCUGAAGAAGUCGAGCCUCAGAGGAGAGAAGGGAUUGACUCAGCCAGCUUAAGCAGCACAGUAACGCUAGGAAGAGCUAAGGUUUACACGGACCAAGUCAAUAACAGGCAUUAACUUCCUGAAUCCUCACAACCACCCUCUGAAGUAGGUACUAUUAUCAACCCCAUCUUAUAGACCAGGAAACUGAAGCACAGUUACAAAAUUGGCUCCAAAUCGUUGGAAGAGUAUUAUGAGGUUUGAAUGUGAUAUUCCUAUAACGUGCCUGAAACUGCCUGGCAUCUAGAAAGCACUAAUGACACAUUAACUACUGUCAUCAUUUGAACUUGUUUCAUGCAGGAGGGACAAAGAACUUAGAGUCUGGAUGCCAGAGCAACAGCAAGGUCGCAGGUGAGCGAGAGAGCAGCGGGGAGCUGUUUCCCCAGCCCCUCUGCCUGCCAUAGCUCAAAAGACCUCAUCGUUGGCAGGCAGGGCAGCAGGGCACUUCUUAACAGGUGCUCCAGCCCCUCCCUGCAAGGGCCCAUGGCCACCCACGUGCCUUUCUGAGGCACUGAUAAAUGUUCUGGCCUCCAACAGCAUCUGACCUUAACUACUGACUCCUGAACACCGCCUGCUUGUCUCUCUAGGACAGGAAUCCAGUGUUGUCUUUUGAAAAGGCUCUUCCCCACCCAACCAGAGAGAACAUUUUCAGGCAAACUUAUCAACUAGCUUGAUCACAUAAUUUACAAACCAAGCUUAGGAAGUGCUGGGGCAGCUCCCAGCCUUGUGUCUGUUUCAUCCCUCUGCCUCUGCAUGGCCAGGAGUGAACUAUAAAAUCUGGAAAUCCCUUUCAGAACCAAUGGAAGGAAAAACCAUUUCUGACAAACUAACCUUGCUCUUUACCUGGGAGAGCAGAAUAUUCCUUUGAUUCAGAGGUCAGAACUAUUCUUCCUCUUUCUACUUUUAACAGAACCACCAAAGGACAGCAGGUGGCAGCCUGGCUCAAACUAAAGAGCCAUCAUCUUGAUUUCAGAGAAGCAAAGUUAAAAUGAAGGUCAUUUAAUAAAUGACAAGAUUCUGGGAGACAGAAUCUUGAAAUUCCUUUUCUUAUAAAUGUUGCAAGCCUUUGGAUAACCAAGAACUCAAGGCUACCAGGGGAAUAUAUUAACUACUAAAUCCACCUAAUAAUUUUGUUUUAAUAGAAGUACUUUCAGGUUAAAAUGUUUCAACAAUCACUGCAUAAUGCUAAGUGAAGUUUUGGUUCAGGAGGGCAAGAGAGUGGACAUAUCUUAAAGUCAGAAAAGUACAUUUGGGAGAGAGGGUUGCAGACCACAAAAGGGAGGAUUUAGAGCAAGAGUUUGGCAGAAACGCCAAUCACUAUGGAAAGUUUGAGAAAUGUUGAUCUGUAAGAGCCACAGCAUCUCAGUGAAAGAUGCAAAGGCUAUUUUAUAAGCCCCAUUUUAACAGGUGAGAAAGCAGAGGCUAGGGAAAUAAAUGACUUCUGGCCUUUGUCACCUGGCAAGUGGCAGAACUGAACUCUGAACCUCACUCUUUCUAGGUCAGCAUAGCGGCCCAGGGAUGGUAGGUGGGCAUCCCGCAGCUGGAGUCCCUGCUUCCUGGGCUUCCCUGAUCCCCGCUCUGUGCCGUCACAAGCAGAGGUUACAAGAGCCACACUGACCUUGUUUUCACAAGUCCAAUAGUUGAAGGCAGAAAGCUUCAUACAUUAGGACACAGGGAGUGGGGGUCAACAGUCCAUGCACACUGAGGGAAGGAAAAUACAGAAUGUGCUACAACUGAAGCAAAAUAUGCUUGAGACAAGGAUAUUUUUUCUGGAAUAAUUUUAAAGCAACAUCGCCCAAAGGCUUCUCUAGAGCACCCAGAGCCCUAGCAUUUUAUAAAGUCAAAAUUCAAACUUGUCCUCAUUUAUUUCCAAUAUCCACAGACAUCACCUGAGAAAGGGAGCAUAUAGACAGCUUUUAGCAAAAAACUAGAAAAAACCCAGUGGGUUAUUUGUAUGUCUCAGCUUAUUCUUCAUUGAGUGAAUGCAAUCCAGUGGUCUAUACCUGGGUAAGUUAUAGGGAAACCCUAAAGUUCUACCUAUCCUUAAAAAUGAGAAAUCAGAAUGGACGUAUUAUCCAAAUACUGGAAAUUCCCCUGGAAAAACUAAAUUUACCUAAGGCAAAAGGACUGGGACUCUUCUCCUUCCUUAAAUCACAUACAAGGGUUAACAAACCCCAAAACCUUUAAGUCAAUAUAAUGAGGUAAUUUAAUCUGAAUUUUCUUCUUAGAGUGCUGGCAAGAGUCCGAUUUUGCCCUUCUAAGCUUGUUUCCUCAUCCAUGAAAUGAGAGUGAAAUAAUACUGAUCAGUUCAUAGCGUGGUGGUUAUGAUUAUAUGAGAUAUCAAGAGUCCUUUAAACACACCCCUUUGCAUAUGGUGUUCAUUAUAUUAUUUUUAUUAUUUUUACACACCUUAAUAGUAAAUUAGGAACCGCCUUUUGGAGUUAGCUCUCCUCUCCAUUCUAACCCUGGUCCCAGUUAUGAUGAAAGCAUAAGGAAGGUGGGGAAGAGUGAAUUGGGCAUAAGCACUCUGAUUUGUGCCUUCAGAUUGGGAAGUUUUUGAGAAUUUCUUAAGCUUCAAGUAAGAAGUGCCAAAAGCUAUUGGGAGGUAAACUGAGACAGUAAAAAAAUACACAACAAAAGUUCAUAUUCCAUUUGGUUCUUUUUAUUAGAAGUUGAGAAUACAGCAAGUAGGGAAAUUUCAUGGUGAAUGGAACCGUCACACAGAUGCCUUUCUGGAACCCCAAGCUUGUAUGAUCCCCAAAAAUGUGCUUUGUGGCUUCAGCAAUUUAUAAAGGGAAAGGGGGAAAUAC